AUGACCGUCGUGCCGGACACCUUCAGUGGCUACGUGCACAAUCUCACUCCCGCUCAGGAGGCUAAGUUGCGCGAUUUGUGGGUCUUCUUCUUCACAUCCGCCGCAUCGAUCCUCACCAGCGUGUACGACGUCAAGCUACCGGAAGGCCCGCCCAGCAAGCUCUUUGAAGUACUCGACAAGAUCACGGAGCCGACAGUUGAAGCGGUCAUUUCUGCGCUCAAGGACGCCGAGACCAAUGAGCACACAGAUGCCUCGGCGACGGACAGGAUAGAAGGCUCUGGCGGUGACGGCGACAAUGUGGAAAAGAAAGACAGCGGGAUCGGGGGAGAACACAGAGAACAAGAAACGCUCGAUAAGGUCGAAUCCCUGAUCAAUAAAGAUGAGGCCAAGAAGACACUGCGCACGGAGAUGACCACGAAAAAGAUCACUCCGGAGCAUUUCUCCGCAUUGUUUGCCCAGUUGCGCCAGAUGGGUAUGCAAGAAUCGGAGAUCAAGACCAUGGAAAAAGUGGUGGCGAGGAUGACGCCCGAGGAGAUGUGCUUCGCAGUCAUCAAGAUGGUCAAGCAAGAGCAUCCAGACAGCCUACUGCUGCGGUUCCUACGUGCACGCAAAUGGGACGUACGCAAGGCCUUCACCAUGGCGGUUUCGGCAAUUCUAUGGCGGAAGGAGAUGGAGGUCGACGAUGAUAUCAUGCCCAAGGGGGAGCUGCACGCACUGCAGAAAUCGCGCGAUCAGAAACUCUCGGCAGCGGAGAGGAAGGAGGGCGCGGAUUUCUUGGAGCAGCUGCGUACGGGGAAGAGCUUUCUGCAUGGCGUUGAUCGCCAGGGACGGCCGGUGAUCUAUGUCAGAGUCAAGAUCCACAAACCCGGAGCGCAGAGCCAGGAGACGCUGGAGCGAUAUAUAGUUCAUGUCAUUGAGUCGACGAGGAUGGUUAUUGCACCUCCCGUCGAAUCUGGAACUAUUGUCUUCGACAUGUCUGGUUUCUCUCUGUCGAACAUGGAAUACCAACCGGUAAAAUUCAUCCUCAAGUGCUUUGAAGCAAAUUACCCCGAGUCUCUGGGAGUGUUGCUAAUCCACAACGCCCCAUGGAUUUUCUCCGGGGUCUGGAGGCUCAUCCACGGGUGGAUGGACCCCGUCGUCGCCUCCAAAGUCCACUUCACUCGGUCGAUCGAAGACAUCAACCGAUUCGUGCCACGCGAACAGGUUCCUCGCGAGCUUGCUGGUGACGAAGACUGGGAGUACAAGUACAAGGAGCCUGACGACGACGAGAACGCGAUCAUGCAGGACACGGAAACACGCGACAGUCUCAUGUUUGAGCGCCUGAUGAGCGGCAUUCACAUGUUUGCGGCCACAGCCGCGUGGAUCUCCGCCACGACCUUCGCGGGCGGGAAGAGAAACCAAGCGACGGUGGAAGCGGUCAAAAUGCGUCGGGAUACAACCAUCCAGAAAUUCCGGGAGAAUUACUGGCGGUUGGAUCCGUAUGUACGGGCUCGCGCGCUGAUUGAUCGGGCUGGGAUGUUAAAUCCCGGUGGGGCGGUUGCCAUGGGUCUUGAAGGUAAAGGGGGUUAG